AGACGAUAAAAAAUUAUGACACAGGCUAACAAGCUAACAUACCUAUUACCUAGAGCCUAGACUCUAGAGACUUAGAGUUGGCAAAUGCUGAUUAGGCUAACCUGAUUAAAUUUAUUCAUUUUAAACAUUUUCAUAAAAACUAUUUCAUGCUUAUUUGACGUGAAUCUUCCAGAUAUAAAUGGAAUUCUGUUUAAAAACAUAAAAGAAUUGAAAUGGAAGAUCCUGGUGUUGGUGUAGUGCACACUUACGAGAGGCAUGCCCAGCAGCACACCAUGCAUGUGCAGCCCAGACAGCAGCCCCGCAGUCCUGAUCUCAUCCAACUCAGCGAUUCUGACAGCAACCUUCCCAUUGCUCCUCCCCACAACUGUGGCUACACAAGAAUCACUGCCCAGGAGUUUGAGGCUGAGGACUUCCACACCAAUGAGCUCAACAAGAAUCACACAUCACACUCUCCUAAAGUCCACAGCAGAAAGUCAUCAGUGAAUGUUCCAGCCAGCCUGAGGGAUGAAGACUCUGAAGAGUUGGAAGAUUUUGAGCCAAAGUCAAGACAACAUCAACAUUCUCUGAGACAAACAGCUACCAGCGGCAGCAGUGACCCUGGGCUCAGCUCCCCCGGCUCUGUGUCGUCCCCAGGCUCUGACUCGGUGACGCCCACCAACCUCCUACCUCUGCAGGACGGCACUGAACUCCCUGCCCCACACCACCGCUCAUCUCACUGGCAGAGACUGGUUAAUGACGAACACUGCCACCUGCUGGGCACGGAGGAGGACUCGUCUGACCGACACUCCAGUAAUGAAGAGGACCGCGAUGACGAGGAGCAACUCCUGCACAAUGUCCAGGAAGUAUGUGAGGAUGAACCUGUUGCCAGCCCUGCAGUGAGCAGCGCGACGCUGCGACCAGACAGCGGCAGCACCGUGGGGCCAGACAGCAGCUGCAGCAGCGUCGCUCACGGCAUCGCGCUCAACAACAGCGCAGCCAACGCUGAAGGCAUAUGGCGCAUUAGCGACGAGCAGCGCUGCUACUACACGCAACAGUUCCAGAGACUGCAGCCUGACCUCACUAAGGUUGUGCAAGGACAGCAGGCGAAGCUAUUCUUCGAGAAGAGCAAACUAGCAACGGACCAGCUGACGCGCAUCUGGCACCUCUCAGACGUGACGCAGGACGGCGCGCUGUCCCUGCCUGAGUUCCUGGUGGCGAUGCACCUCGUCGUCGCCAGGAGGAACAACGUUCCUCUGCCUACUGCUCUGCCGCAGCCGCUCCUGGCGCUGCUGCUUCCGUCCCUGCAGCCCGUCACGCAGCACCUGCACUCGGGGGCGCAACACCAGCAGCACCCUAAAGAAAACGCCAUCGGCCAGCGGCGUGGCAGCAGCAGCAGCAGCAGGUCGUCGGUGGUGAGCUCCAUACCCCCGCCCUCGACGGCCGCGCCCUCCCUGCCGCCGUCUGCUGGGGAGCUCUCCGACAAGGAGGUCAUCUCCCCAUCACGGGUCAAGGAGUGGACUAAGUUCGUGGACUCGCCGACCUCUAACGUCUCCUCGCCUGGCCUCAAGCCCGUCAAUUUUGAUUUCCAGCGCAGUGCUGUCGAAGAGGACCCGCAAAUUCUUCACCCAAAAGCUAAGCGGAUAACUCCUGAACCUGGCAGGAGUGAGGGCGACAGCGCCGCGUCUUCUGCCGGUACCAGCGCUACUGCAACCUCAGCCACCUACCUCGACCCUAGUCACUUCGGCCCCACGAGCCUCCCCAUGGGUGCUGCUAAGAAGGAGCCCCCGCCACCCCCGCCCAGACCUGCCAGAACCCACGCCCGCUCCUCCUCUCUAGACCUUAACAAAUUCCUGUGUGCAGAGCACCGCAGUGCUGCGCUGCCGCUGGGGGCGCCGCCUGCCGUCCCGCCUCGCUGCUCGCCUGGACACGUCACGCCUGGCAAGAAGUUGGUGUAUCAGCGCAGCGCAGGCGAAGCGUGCGCUGUGGACGCGACCUGCAGUGGCAUGCAGCACCUGCAGAGCAGUAGACUACUACCAUCCCUGCAGCACCUGGACGGCAUGACGGUGUCUGUAGGAGCGGAGUCUGCAGAACCCCGCCUUCCGUGCCAUCAGCCGCUGCAGAGCUGCGUGUCUGACGCUCAACUCAUACCGCGCGCUUCCGCCUUCGAAGUCUACAGAAAACCUUCCGCUGAUGCAAUAACCAUCGCCGAUCAAGCUGGAGCGAGCGUACUGAGAAACACAGAGGCUGUGGAAGACGCUCAUACAGCUGCUUCUACUAUUGCUCCUACUGCAGCGACUAUAGCUGCUCCUGCUGUUACACCUGUUGCAGCGGCUACUGUUGCUCCUACUGCCGCGCACACGUCGGGAUGCUUGCUGCUCAGAGCUGCGAGUGCUGGAACGAAAGACAAGAAGGAUGUCUACGCGAGCAUCAAGACAACGCGCGACCGCAACACCGUCCUCGCCAGACUCAACAACGAACUCAACCAGGAGCUGGCCGAGGUUAUAGAAGAGCGUAUAGCAUUGGAGAUGCAGCUCGAGCAGAUGAAGUUGUUCAGUAACUAGCGGUAAGGUCCUGCUCUUCCUCUGCUAGCCCUGUCAGUCAUGAGGCAGUGCUGUUAAACUGCUCUUCAUAUUCAACACUGCCACAUGCAACGCUCGUCUUCUUGUUCAACGCUGCCACCAGCCACACUCCAAUCUGGUCAAGCACUGCCACGUGUCACGCUGUCCGUCUGGUCAUACACUGCCACAUGCCACGCUGUCCGCCUGGUCAUACACUGCCACAUGCCACGCUGUCCGUCUGGUCAUACACUGCCACAUGCCACGCUGUCCGUCUGGUUCAACGUUGCCGCCCAGAAGUUGCUGCAGUUGCCGUGGGCGGACGGCACACCUCCUAUCCUGCCAAGCAAUCUCAUGGUCUUCUGUAGCAAUCAUUUCAUUCCCGGACCCUCAUCUCCGUGGGGUGUUUGAGUACGAAUAAUCGAAUAAUAAGUGCACUUUAUUUAGGCGUUCGCUCAUCUAGAUAUUUAUUGAACUGUUAAGUACGAAUGCUCUUUGUUUAGGUAUAUUGUUGUCUAAGCUGAUUAUGGAUUGCUGUUCUUAAAGUCCUGAACUUUUUCUCAGCUGUCGAAUGCCGCAACACCAAAAUGUCUGUGCACAAGAAAAUGUUGAAACUAUAUGCGUUUUCAAGUUAUAGAUUUUCUUAUCCAUAAUAUUCUCAUCUCCCAACGGCUCAUAAUGAAUACAGAUCAAGGGAAAAACGAAUAAAAUUAUAAAAUUUGCAAAUGAAAGCUCACCUAGCGUCUUUCAGGAGCUGAACGGUUUUGACCGUCACAUGUGCAGGUGUUAUUUGAACCACAGCAAGUCAAUGUGACUCGCCGUUCACAGCAAGGUUUUAAAAACGACAACGUAUGAAGUCUAAUGUUCCUAUUUGCAUUAAAUUUGUUAUUGCACAUGCCUCUUCAAAAAUCCACGAGAGCUACAUUUUUUCUCUGAAUUUUCAAGUAUGUGAGUUAUCUUCUUCCGUCUAAGCGCUUGAUUUGGGAAAGUUCUUCUUUCAUGAGGGUUUCCAUACCAUCGAAUAUAUUAGUCUGGGUUAGGAUUUCCUAAAGACGCCUGUUUGUUGAUAUCACAACAUCCUUCAUGAAACUCCAAACGUGCGUCCCAAAUCACCAACGUGAGUGCUUCUUCGCCAACUUUGAAUCACUUCGAGUGUAAAUUCUUUCGCGAUUUUAUUGCCUCAUUUGUGGUUGAAUCAAUUUAAUACUAAUUCUCAUUUAAAAUAUUCUAUAAAUUUUAUGUCUCAUGUUUUCGUUUUAGAAUGAAUGAUUUUUACGUCACUUGUCUUGUUAUGAUAUCUGUUGAGUUGAGUAUCACCGAUUAAUCAAGGGAUCUAAAAUAUCAGUAGAGUCUCUCUCUAACCUAAUAUCAAUAACUGCUUUAACCUUCCUAGAUACUGCUAAUGUCUUUAGUCAAUCUCUCGAUGUAGCUCUCGUUUAUAUCAUCUUUUUUGCUGAUAACGUGUAUCAGUAUUGACCAUAAAUUGCUGGAAUCUCGCGUGAAUGAAGUAUUUUCAAGUAGCAAAUAUUUGCCUAUAGCAAGUAGUGCAGACAACGAUGAUGUCGGCAAGGCUCCGUUCUUGAAGCCUGCCGUCUUGCCGGCUCACUGUUCCUUGCAAGCAAUUUCCAUUUGACCGAAUCGCAUUCCCAGUUUUGAUAGACAGCCACAUUAUUUAAUGUAACAAUUUGCUACGCUUUUCCUUGACAUUUCAGGAGUUAGAGCAAUUACUAGCUGAUAAUGUUUAAUCGAAAUUAGCGUAACUGCCUAAGGAUCCUGUUUGAGCAUUGUUCAGAUUAGGCCUCUGUGUUGCUAGCCCAGCCCUUUGUGACGUUCUUAAACCUGAAAAUGUUUUAAUUUAGUCAAUAAUAAUAUAUGUAAUGCAUACUUAUUGUAAUUUUAAGAUCAUUUGACGAUCAUUAUUAUAUCACCUUGAGGUAUACUAAUAUAUAGAUAGGAUAAUCCCGCAGCAAACGGUAUUAGUUGAACCGAUCACCUAAUCUGAUACUCAGGAUAUCGCUCGUAGAGACAAUAAAGUCUUGUCUUCCACGACGCAAAGCGUGAGAACCCAGCCAUGAUACAUGAAUUCUCUUGCAAAAAUUAUUGACGCGUUGAAAGUAGAUUAUAAAUGGAACGAAUUCUGUUACAGGUAAAGAGUGAUGUUGUGUGCUGCAGUGGGUGUGAUGUAUGCCGGGCAGUGGUUAGGUUGUGACAAGAGCUCUCUAAGACCACAUUCGUUGCAAUACUGCUUGGGGUGUAUGUUACUCUUCAGGUCCUAGGGCCAGCCAGGAUCAAGUCUCGAGAUAUAUAUUUAUCGCAAAAUAAAGCCCUUGAAUAAUAGUGAAACACUCAAUGAUCUGACUCUACCUCCACUCGUCCUAGGCCCGCUAGUGUUGCUCUAGAGUAUAGAUUAACUCGAUAUCACCGAUCGUUUCGGUGACCACAAUAAUAACAGACUAACAAUAGCUUCCGCCCGCUUGCCUCCGAUGACGUGCGGUGUUUGGUUGUUGGUUUCACUCACGUUAGUUUGCUCUAUGCUUAAGCUUUAAUUUAUCAUCUUUCUUGAUUGCACCUUCUCUCCUCGUCACCAAGUUCUGAUUUCGUUAAGUUAGUUCUACUCAAGGUCAAAGUUGGGCGAGGUCACGUUCCUCAUGAUGGUCGUUGUUUGGGGUACACGCCCCCCCACACGUGCCUUUAUUAUUAAUGUUAUUGUUCUUAACCUAGUAUUAUUUUGCAAGACAUUCCUGAGGAGGUAUUAUGUCUGCACUGUGUAAUGAUUUCUUAGCUCGUAAUAAAUCCUACGAAAGCUUUUAAUGUUGACUCAUACAUAGUGAUUAGAAGCAGCGUUUUAUUAUUGUACGCUUUGGAAGGUAACAUUUUAACAGUGGCCUGUAUUAUUGCUAAUUAUUUACGUGUGGGCAUUUUUUAAACAUUUUUUGUGAAGAUUAUCGGAGCAAUCUCGUUGUACAAUAGUGUAAAGAAACUUGUUAUAUGUGCGAGCUUGUACUAAAGAGUAUAUUAGAAUAUAACUUCUAGACCUCAU